UGGUUCUUCGUUCAUUAACCGUUUUGUAGAAGACAACUGCACGAUGUCAUCCAUAGCAAGCACAGAUUAACAUAGGCGAGCGCUGCAACGUGAAGAAAAUGACAUUGUUCGGUUUUUGUGAGAUUUUUUUGUUGCUGUGAAUAAGUGCGAAAAUAAUGCAAGUAUUUUGGACCAUUUUUCUAUUUGUAACACUAUCAGCAUUUAUUCAAGCAGCCAAACGACAGACAAACAGACAAACAUGUAAAUGUUGGGAAGGAUACAGAGUGGACUUUAGUAGUACUGGACCGCAAUGUGUAGCCAUCAAUCUAUUUCAUAUUAUGCCUUGCAAUAUGAUCAAAUCGCCAAAGUGUAAAUGUACCGGACGAGUCAGCAAUAUCUUGAAGGACAGAACAGGUACUUGGUGUACACGAUAUAGAAAAGGACAAGAAUACAUGAGAUGGCCAUGUGAAAACGUACAAGAAUGGGACGAUUUCUUUAAAAAGCAUCCAGAUUUUAUUUAAUGAUUAAAUAUUUAUUAUAGCUA